GUCUUUGUUUUCCAAAAUUCUUGUGCACAUGCAGAUUGUGCCAAUAACAAAUUUGUCAAGCUUAAAAAUAUAGUUCAAAAUAUCACAGUGAACAAGUGUUAAGUGUGUCAAGCUGGAAUUUACGCAGAACCUGAGGAAGAUAUCUCGCUCUACUUAUUCUGACUACCGAUAACAAUAAAUAAGUAGGAGUGUUGUUGUCACGAAGAAGUAGUUCAGUCUUCUCAGUGAAAAUGAAGUUGUUGUGUUUAGUUAUCUGUAUCUGUGUUCUGCAAGCAACCCUUGUAGAAUCUGGUCUAAUAUUUGACAAACUCUCGGCCGGUGUGUCAAAAGUAACGCAAGAUAUCAAGUGUGGAAUACACAAAACUAGAAACGUGUUUUCUCACCACGAUCACGAAAAGGACCCGUGUGACAUGAGUGGUCCGACGAACAACAAAGUUGAUGACAACACGACUCCCCCGAUUGAUACAAGACAUGGAAAAGAUGAUCCAACCACUUUGGGUCCUGGAGGUCGACGAAUAAUUUCCGCAGGAUCUAACUGUCCUGCAGGACAACGUGCCGACAGCGCAGGAAAUUGUAGAGAAGAAUGGUGAUUUUUAUACAUGAAGCUAUUUAAAUAAAGAAAAUAUAAAUUUAAAA